AAAAACUAUUGUUUGGUUACAAAAAGUCAUUCAUUGCUCUCGAUACUAACAAAUAGUUAAAAAACAUGGCUGCGAAAUCAUUCCUUCUCUUCUGCGCUCAAGCGCUAUUGAUCAAGUGUAUAUACAGUCAAUGUAUUGGUGUUCCAUACAACCCCAUUGCUGCUGAAGGCUUCGCGUGGGGUACUCCGAAUUCUUUAGCAUGGGAAGCUGCAAAUGGACCUUGGGGAGCACCCUGUGCCGCAGCGACAUGGGCUACAGCACCUAUCGCUACCACGCCUUAUGCUACCGCUGAAUGGGCAGGAGGUUUUGGACCAGCUACUCUAGCUGCAUCUAACGGUGGUGGACUCGCUGUAACUAGUGCUUCACCAAUCGCACCAAGUGGUGUUGCAAUGACCUCAGACAAUGCUUAUGAAGGAGCUCUAGCUGUAUCUGGAGCAGUACCAUUCUUAGGAGCUGUAGCAAUGGAAGGUGCUCUGCCUACUGCUGGAGCUGGUACUAUUAAUUACAGCUGUGGAAAUGGUAACGUGGCUAUGAUUACUGAAGACGUUACUCCUGCUGGCUAUAACGCGUUUCCUGGUCCAUAUGGAUAUGGUCCAAUCGCAGCCGCUGAAUUAGGAUAUGGCUAUGGUCCAUUGGCUUUUGAAGCUGGUAUUAACGGAGCCUACGGUUACAGAGGAUGUGGAGCAGUAUACUAAGUCUGUUAUUAAUUUUUAUGUUAUGUUUGAUUAAUUAAAUAAGGAAUAUAACAAUAAUAAGCUGUA